CAAAAUAAGUCGAAGAAGACAGAACCCGGAAGUGGAGCCAAUAUGGCGGAAUGUGAAAGCACUAACAGUGGUCGACGGGACCCGAAUUUAGACACAGACCCUCCUAAAUUAUCGGAGUUAUUUGACCGCGGGUGGAAGAUAUUUGCCGAGAUAGACAAUACAAAUGAUCCUCUUGCUUGUAACAGUGUUCAGGUGCGAGUUAAACGUGCAAUCAACAUGUUAGAAGAAACGUCCAGAAUGGCGGCUCAGCUGGACUUGUUUAGCCCCAAUGAAGAACUGGACGAGGUUGCUACAGCAGACCUGAAAUAUCUGCUGUGUCCUGCACUCUUAGGAGCCCUGACAAUGAAGCAGACCGGUCGAGACAAACGAUUAGAGAUAGUGCGAACAGCCCGGGUUUACUUUAUGGAUUUUCUGAAGAGAUGCAAAGAAUAUAACGUAUCGCAAUUUCUUCUGCCGGAGUCCGUCAGUGAAAGCACAGAACAAAAUGUCCCCUCCACCUGCAAGCCAAUGCCCACGGCAUCAAGUUUGGCAGCCAUGGCCGCACAAAGACAAGUUAAAAUUCAGCGAUACAGUGAGAAGAAAGAGCUGGAGGCCAGACUCUCAGACGUGCAGAAAGCUGUGGAAGGCGGACAGGCUGACGAGGAAACCUGCCGAGAUUUUUAUUUGCUAAAUGUUCGCAAGUGGGUGUUUGCAUGUCUGGAUGAAAUCCAGAGCAUAGACCAGGAGAUAGAAAUACUGAAGAACAUGGAUGGUCAGCUGGGUGCCGCACAGCCUGCUGGACCGAGCAGGCCCCCCAUGAAGACUUUCAUCCUCACCAAGGAUGCUAUGCAGGCUCAGGUGUUUGGCUCAGGUUAUCCGAGCCUGCCCACCAUGACGGUGGACGACUGGUACGAGCAGCACAGGAAACAUGGUGUUCUACCCGAUCAGGGCGUUCCCAGGAGGGUGGCUGUGGAAGAGGACAGUGAUGCAAAGGAGAGGGAAGAAGAAGAAAAAGAGACAAAGGCUGAAAAGGAUGAUGAAGAGUCUUUAACGAAAGCCAGACAGUGGGACGACUGGAAAGACGAUCAUCGCCGAGGUUAUGGAAACCGCCACAAUAUGGGCUAGCUUGGUUCUGCGGACACGCCGAGUACCGUAUUUUCCGGACUAUAAGUCUCUCCGGAGUAUGAGUGACAUCAGUCAAAAAAAAAAAAAUGUUUUGAAGAGGAAAAAAAGCGUAUUUGAGUCAAACUGGACAUUGUGGCAUUUAGCGGUAUUUAUCAGCUAUUAUCACAGUGAGGGUUUUGUUUUGUUUUGGUUUUUUUUUUAGUAGUGUCAUGGCGCCGCUCCUAAUAAUAACAUUAAAUUCACAAAAGAAGACCAAGCCAGAGGGAGGGCGCAACGUUUACGGCAACAAGGAGACACACUAAAGUACACAAGCUGAAAUAAGUCAAAAACCUGUUUAAUAACUGUCAGAAUGUAAAAAAAGUCCUGUGUUAACACCAAAACUUCAUUUUUGUAUUCACAAAUUAAUGAAAAUAGACUGAAACUCGUACGUGUGCAUUUAGUCAGUCAGUGGCUGACACAGCAUCUACAAUGUCCAAGCUAGACAUAAUUAGUGUUCUAUUUAAACAACACUGCUGACUAAAAUACCACAUUUUUCAAUUCACACAGGUAUAAAUAUAAUUGUAGUUGCACAUUACUUACAGACACAGAGUCAGAAGUGUAUUAAAAAGUAUUUCUUCACAAAAAGCGUCUUGAAUGCCAUGUAUCAUUCUGUUUGUGUCUAACUGCAUCACAACCCAAUGAAUUAUUGCGGCUACUAGGUGUCAUCAAAAAAAAUAACCAGCCAAACUAUGAAAAAAGUGCAACAUGCUCUUGAAAAUACUGUAUAUUCCUGCCAACUUUUACAAUCAGUCCUCUUCAAACGUGUUUAUUUUUACUGUCACGAUCCCACGAAGGCACAAAUCUUUACUAUUCUAGACUUUCAGGAUUUUCACCAAUAGUGACUUUAAACCAAGAAAUCAUUGAUCUGAUCAGGACUCUAUUGGAACAAGUUGUUUACUGCAUAUACUUAUGUACUGUUUUUUGCAUUCUUAUCUAUUGGCGAGGAAUUUUGUCCCAAACUGAGAUGGAAGCGCUGAAACUAUGACAGAAUAAAUUAGAAAAAUAAUUGUGUAAUUG